CUUUGCCAUACAAUCCAUUUCAGCCCGUGCUCUGGUCCAGUUGCCAUCUUGUCUACUACUAUGGACUGAACGUCUCCAGUAUUACGUCAUCAUGUGGAAAUAUCAACACAGAAGCCGAAGGGUAAGCCCACCCCUGCUAUUUGUAAUAGGCUGAAAGAAGUUUGUGGGUGGAGUUGCACAGGCCUAGGUAUUUCAGGCAUCAAAUCAUAUGAAGUUCAGGAAAUCGGGAGUCAAGAGAUACCACUCCAAACCUGGAAUUAACAGCCAGAAAAUGGCUUUGACAAAUUUGAAGUGGCUUGUUGUAUUUGUCUUAUGCAGUUGUGUGUCACAGUAUGGAGUCCAAGGUAGUGCACUUUCUAUUAGUGUGUACUUCGUAACAACAAAGAGCAUUAUUGUCCGCUGGAGUCGACACGAUGGUGCCAGCUCCUACAAGGUCACGGCUACCCCCAAGAACACAGCUGGACCCUCCACCUUUGUACAGUUCAGUGAGAACACGGUCAUGGGCUCUGUCAACGGAUUGCUCCCCAUCACCCUGUACACAGUGAGGGUGGAGGCGAUGGAUGCCGACCUGAAUGUGUUAAGUCAAGGAGAGGUGGAGUCGAUCACAGCUCCUGACGUUCCCACUAUUGAGGUGGCAACAUCCAAGCAGAGUGAGAGCAUCACAGUGGAGUUUGAAGCCGUCUCUGGAGCAGCCUCUUACGUUGUGCGAGCUGAGGCUGCUGAUGGGACCUUCUUCUCUGAGACACCAGCUUCCAGCUCCCCAGAUACCAUCCAUGGUCUCGAACCCUACACCGAAUACAGUGUCAGUGUGCUCACUGUCAACAGCUUGGGUGGACGGAGUCAGCCAUCAGUCCCAGUUGUGGUCAAGACAGUGCUGUCAGCUCCUCAGGUCAACUCCAGUUCUCCCAGUAAUGACACCAUCCAGCUGGACUGGGAGCCAAUGGAGCAUGCUGUGCAGUACUCCCUCACGGUCAUCCUGCAGGGCUCGGACAUUCUGCGGCGCCUUAACACCACCUCCAGCUCCGAGACCCUGGUGGACCUGGAGCCAGGGAGCACCUACUGCACCACGGUUCUGGCCUGGGAUGCUGAGGGCCGGCCUGGGGACAGCACCGAAGUCUGCCAGCUCACACGUCCAGCUCAGCCUCAGGACUUUGUGCUGUCAGUGGUGUGGAAUGAGGAGGCGAGACUGCUGGUCUCAUGGAACGCAUCUCAGGGGGCGAGCGAGCAUAUGGCAGUAAGCUCCAGCGGCCUGAACUGCACCUCCUCCUCCAUCUCGUGCUCCCUCUCGCCCCUCAGCUGCGGGGAGACGCACUACAUCACACUCACCGCCAGCAACCAGGCCGGACCCAGCCUGCCCUCCGACCCUAUCAAGUUUGUCAGCAUCCCUUGCGCACCCAAUCCUGUGUGGCUAUCGGAGCCAGAGGCAGGGAACUGCUCGGUGGACUGGGAUGCGGUUGCCACGGCAGACUCCUAUGGUACAUUUGUGAAGCGCGAUGAUGGUGCGGAGCAGAGAUGUAAUUCUUCGGAGACUUCAUGCUAUUACAGCUGCCAAUGUGGAUACAGCUAUAUCGUCACCGUGUUUGCCCACAACCAAGCUGGGUCCAGCCCUCCUGGGCCUGUGCUCAACUAUACCACACUCCCUUGCUGUCCAGCGGAUGUGUCUAUCUCACUGGUCUCCACGGAAACACUGGAAAUCAUGUGGUCAGCAGUCCGUGGGGCAACAUUGUAUGAGACCCGGGCUGUAGACCAAUCCGAGCUAAUUGUGUGUAAUGACACGUCUCCUCGGUGUGCACUGUCGGACCUGUCCUGCAACAGUCACUACAACGUGGUGGUCAUUCCAUGUAGUGAGCUCAGUGGUUGCAACCGCAACUGCCAAUCACAGGCGCAUGAGACAGCUCCUUGUAUGCCUGAAAUCCAGAGUGUAUCUCAGACAGAUGGAAGUGUGACCGUCAGCUGGACAUCUGACAACAGUGCAGCCAACUACACAGCCAGUCUUGUAUGUGAUACGGAUACAUUUCCCUGUGAGUCAAAUGGAACAUCCUGUGAGGUCCAAGAGCCAGCCUGUGGCUCCUCCUGUGAUGUCACUGUCAUGGCUACCACCAGUGCUGGAGCAAGUCUUCCAAGCUAUGUCGUUCCACUAGAAACAGUGCCCUGUUGUCCAGUGAACCUGACAGUGGAUCAAGUGACCCAGGCUAUGAGCAACGUGACCUGGUCAGCAGCACGAGGAGCUCACACCUUCCUCACAUCCCUGACCUCUCCCCGGGGCCAUGCCCGCUGCCACGCCCAGGACACGCACUGCCUGAUGGGAUGCAUCACCUGCGGCACCAGCUACAACGUCUCCAUGGAGGUGACGAGCCGCACGGGCCGCAAGGCGGAGUGCAACUACCAGGGAUUCUCUUCAAGCGUGUGUUGCCCAUCAGGUGUGCGUUUGUACAGUAUGGCUAACAACACGCUGAGGGUGUACUGGCGUUCGUCUGGCUCGCUCAGCAACUACACCGUGGAUGUCCAUGGCAGCGCUGGCAACUACACCUGCUCUACUCCACCUGGGGGAAGCCACUGUGACAUCUCGGACGUCACCUGUGGCGAUGUCUACACGGUCGUCGUGGCGCCCUUUAACAUGGACGGCAGCCAGGUCUCAUUCUGUCCACACAAGCUUUACUCAGUAUCCUGCACAGGAGAUUACGUGGGAACAAUAAUCUAUCGGGGCAGGAGGAGUGUGGAUUAGAACAUUCUGAUAUGUCAUUUCUGCUGCUAAAUCUACCAAGCAUCCAAAGCAUCCAUCACCCCCAGGAGCCAGACCAGAAAACCCCUCUACCCUUACUGCGUCCCUCCCAGCACUGGACUGGAAGUGGAAUAUUUCACACACGUGUCUGCUGUCAACGGAAUCAUUG